CAUAACCCUUCACUCCCAAAAAUCAUUGGUGGGACAGAUGAAAUUUCAAGAAUUCAUGUUCCCUCCUCCGUCCCUCCCUCCAAAAAUUUCAUCCUUACAUUAUUGUUUCCAUCUUUUUAUGUCCAAAUCAUGUGUAGGUGAGGUGAGGUGAGCAUUCUUUAACUACUUUCCCGCUGCGUUUGUCUUCCCAAUUUCAAACCGCAGUUUCUCCGAUUGCGCAAGGCGGAUGGAUAGAGGACGGUGCGUGGCGCUGCACUGAACACUGUGAUUGCAGAGACACAUCAGGAAAUGGAACAUUCAAGCCUAACUAAAGAAUCAAUUAUUCUCUCGACGUAGCAAGGAUCAACUGAACUCUGGACAUUGUUGUAGAGUGAAUAAAUUUGGUUUGGAUGUUUGGCUCGAACAAGAAACAAAACUGACUGUCUACUAUAUAGUUUAAUGGAGGCUAACAAAGAGGAGGCUAUCAGGGCCAUGAAAUUGGCAGAGGAUAAGAUGAAAGAUCUCCAUUUUGAUGUGGCUCGGAAGAUUGCAUUGAAAGCACAGAACCUUUACCCGGGGCUUGAUAAUAUUAGCCAACUCCUGAGUGUCUGUGAUGUCCACUGUUCAUCUCAAAAGAAGAUUUAUGGAUCUGAAAAAGAUUGGUAUGGUAUUCUACAAGUUGAGAAGUUAUCUAACGAGGCUAUUGUUAAGAAACAAUACCGACGUCUUGCACUUUAUCUCCACCCCGACAAGAAUCGGUUUCCUGGUGCUGAGGCUGCUUUUAAGCUGAUCUGUGAAGCAAAUGCAGUGCUUUCAGAUCCCUCAAAGAAGGCUGUAUAUGACAAUAAAAUUAGAGCGACUUCUGGAUCUGUUCCUGUGAAUCUUCCACCUCCCCAUAUGAAUAGACAUUCUCAAUUUCAUAAGCCCUAUGGAUCUCAUAGCAGUGUUUAUACUCAUUAUGGUGGUAUGCAACAACAAACAGCCGAGCCAAGCUUCUGGACGUGCUGCCCAUAUUGCAGCAUAAAAUACCAGUAUCAUAGAAGAUUCGUCAACACUCUUCUGGUCUGCCAAACCUGCUUCAAGAAUUUUACAGGUUGUGAAACAAGCCCCCCUAUUCCAGGGGGGUCUGCAUGGGGUGAACCUAUGCCUGCAAAACCGGGUGUGGGUCAAACUGCUGGUUUUCAACAAAGAGCAGCACCGGCACCGGCUCAUAAUAAAUUUCCAACAGGGGGUGUUCAUAAUGUCAAGGUUUCUUCAUCAAAAUUUGAAUAUCAGUCGAGUGCCAAUGUGAGAUCGGUGCAAACCAAAGCAGGUGCUCAGACGGAAAAUGCUUCUGGAUUUAGCUGGGCAGCAGGUGCAAGCAAGAUUGAUCUGAAAAAUGAAGAAACUAGGAAAAAUGCCAAUGCUAAUUCUUUGCACGGUGGAAAACAGAAAGCUGAUGCAAAUCAUAGCAAAAAGGCAAGUAAAAGAAAAAAGAGGGGCAGGAAGCGGACGGUGGAAUCCAGCGAGAGUUGUGACAGCUCAAGUGAUUCUGAUGUGAACGUUUCUAAAAAUAUGAUGAAGCCUGGGGGGUCUGGUUCUGGUUGUGUCCAUUUUCCGCGAAGAUCAACUCGGAGAAGGCAAAAUAUUUCUUAUCAUGAAGAUGAUGAUGACGAUGAUGAUGAUCUCUUUAACCACCUCAAGGGUUCACAGCGAAGCAAAGUAUCAGAAGAUAAUGGAAAUGAAGAGAAUUCUUCAGAAGGCAAGGAAGAUAAUUCUUCAGAAAGUGACAGGAAUCAAAACAGGGGCAGAGAAGCAAGUACUGAUCAUCCUGGAGAAAAUGUAGAGGACAUGAAUGGCGAGGGAGGCACUGCUCCAAUUGAAAUUGAAAGUGAUUCCGACCAUGAUCAUGAUAUCUUAGUGAAUGAGGAAAGAGUGGACACUUGGACCUGCCCUGAUCCUGAAUUUUACGAUUUUGAAAAGAACAGAGUGGAAAGAUGUUUCGAUGUUGAUCAAUUCUGGGCUUGCUACGAUGAGACUGAUGGCAUGCCUAGAUUUUACGCGAAGGUGAAGAAGGUUCGCUAUUAUCCAUUUUUGAUAACCUUCACAUGGUUAGAAGCUGAUCCUGUAGAUGAAGCUUCUAGAGAAUGGAGAGAUGCAAACUUACCCAUCGGUUGUGGCAGAUUUAAGCUGGGAAAGACUGAAAAGACGUCACGACUUCCUACUUUCUCUCACCAAAUGCGCUGUGACCAAGGCAAGACGAGAGCAUUGUUUAUGAUUUGUCCUAGACAAGGUGAAGUUUGGGCUCUUUUUAAGGACUGGGAUAUGAACUGGAGCCACGACCCAGAAAACCAUCGCAAGUACACAUAUGAACUUGUGGAGGUUCUCUCAGAAUUCGAUGAAUUGUGUGGCAUCGAAGUUUGUAACUUGGAUAAAGUCCCGGGAUUCGUGAGCCUCUUCAGCAGAAGAAAAAUGAACUCCUCUUUCGUGAAGCCUGAUGAAAUGUACAAAUUCUCCCAUUGCGUUCCUUGUCACAAAUUGACAGGUUCCGAAAGAGCAGGAGUGCCAGUGGGUUCUUUCGAACUGGAUCCUGCUUCUCUUCCCUUCCCUUGAAUGCUGAUGAUUUUUGCAAGUAAAAUGGAACACUCUUUGUAGGAAAAGGAAGAGGGACGUUGAUUGAUUUGUACGAGUUUGAAGCUUAUUGUGAUACAGGGAUGAUGUUUUGCAGUAUAUACUCGUGAUUGUGCUCGCCUGUUUGCUCGAUUAUGCAGCGGAUAUGGGAAUUUCCAGGAAAGCUGAGGAACUGCAACACCCUGCCUAUUAAACUGACCGGUAUUUUGGAAUCAUGAAGGUCGACAGGUUUGUCUAAUACUUUGAAAAUUAUAAACCUGUUUUGUGCUCGGAAAAGGAUUUCAUCUGACAAUAUUAAGUGACGGUGACAAUAAAUUUGGUUUUGUGCUAUCCGUAUUUCCCUCCCUUCCUUCCUCUGCAUUGCCUAUCUAUUGAAUUUUCUUUAGUACUUAUAAUCUUUUCCAUUAUGUAAAGCUCGUCUGCAUUCAUGCUAUUCUGUAGAAGUUUAUGGUGAGAAUAUAUAGCUGCAUUAUGCUCUUC